GAUAAAAGUUGCCAACCUAUCAAGAGGUAAUUUAUAAAGGCUCAAAGUUCAGCAGAGUUGAAAAGGGCAGCAGCGUUUUAUUACUUUCUGUCCAUGGAAGGAGGUGAAUUAAUGCAGACUUGCAAGGCAAGACAUUGGCUAGAUCACAGCUGAAUCUCUGGUUUGAACUGGUCUCCCUGGUCAAUUGAGGUCAUGGUGAUGAUGAGGCUGUGUCUUCGCAGUAGCCUAUAAAUGUGACGUUGUAUUGGUCUUUGCAUCAGUCGGGCAAACGCUGAUGUCUUGACAACACAGGUAGACAGCACUGAACCAUGGCAGAGGAGAAGCUGGAACUCAGAGAUGUAGACAGAGCCUUGAUGCAUGAUGACGCUAAAAAGCCAGCAAGAACUCCGACCAUGUACGAAAGACUGAUCCAGCCAUGCCUCGCUGAAGUGAUUGGAACUACUUUCUUUGUCUUCAUCGGAUGUGUCUCCGUGAUCGAGAAUGUGCCCGCCGCGGGCAGGGUGCAGCCGGCGCUUGUGCAUGGCUUAGCAGUGGCAGUCAUGGUGGCAUGCAUGGAUAAUAUCAGCGGAUCUCACUUCAACCCCCCCUUCACCAUUGCCAUAUACUUGUGCGGUGGCAUGCAGCUUACAAUGGUGUUUCCUUACCUGAUCAGUCAGUUGAUCGGAGGGCUCCUUGGGGCUGGAAUGUCCAAGCUGAUGGUAUCUCCUGGCAACUAUGUGAAUGCAACCGGAGCAGCCUUUGACAUCCUCAAAUCAGAUGACCAGCUUCAGGGGGCUCUGUGCGGGGAGAUUUUCAUGACCUGCCUGGUCACCAUGGUGGUGCUGCUUGCUGCUGUCAAUCAGAAAACCAAAAGUCCACUGGCCCCGUUUCUGGUGGGCUGCACAGUCAUCAUCAAUAUUCUGGCGGGAGGUGAUGUGUCUGGGACCUGUCUGAACCCAGCCAGAGCGUUUGGACCUGCGGUGAUGGCUGGCUACUGGAGCUACCACUGGGUGUAUUGGGUUGGACCAAUCACAGGUGGAUUACUGGCUGCAGCCUUAGUGAGGCUUGUCCUUGGCGAUGAGAAGAUACGGCUUAUCUUGAAAUGACACUCAUUAGUCAUUUAUUAAAAAUGCAUUUUGUACAAAAACA